AUGGUGAUGUUGAACAGUCUGUGUUGCCCGUUGGUCAAAGUAUUAUUCGGUCUUUUCGGGCAUAUCAUUACAACCGAAAGGUAACGUGCGAAUUCCCUUCUAACGCGUUGGUAUCCUUUUUACACUGAGUGUCGUCAAACGUUUUUCGAGAGCUUUUUUCACCCUGAUUUUUUUUAACUGACGGCCUGCAGCGCCUUCACGCGUGCACGCACCUUAACGCGGCCUCAUUUUCCGCGCCAAAACUUCUUUGCCGUUCCAAAGGAGUUACAAAAGGUCCGCGUUCCAAAAAUUGUUUUUCCUGAAUAUCGAGUAUUUUCCGGCACUUUAUAGGCUACUAAUUUUUCAAAACUUCCGUAUUCUGAAAGAGUAAAAGGCAAUUAACUUUUUUUAACAUUUAUUUUUGAACACUCCACCUAAAAAAUUUUUAGAAUACAAAUUAGUUGUAAAUAGUUUAAAGUCUUUUUCUUGGAGUUUAUGCCGUGUUCAAUUUGAUUCCGCGAAAUGCAAAAUACCCGUUAGAGAAAGGAAAAGAUCACUAGAUUUUGGAGAGUCAGAGAUCAUUUUGCAUUUCGCGGAAUCAAAUUGAACACGGCAUAAUCUUGUUUAAAAAUUAUAAGAAAAAGGAAUCAGGAUUUUUCCGAGUUUAUGCAUUUGGAGGACGUCGUGCACUGCACAAUUUGCGUACGAGCUCACGCACAUUUUUAUUGUUCGUUGCCAUUUCGCAAUUCUCGCCGGUCACGACGCUGACGUUUCAAGCGUAUUUUGGUUCCAGCCCACAUUGAAAAACCGUUUAUAAACUGAGAAAGAAGGCUAACCACUAUGCCUAGUUGAUGUGAUGUUGCAUGUGAUUAAAGUUCGAAUAAAGUGGUUCAAAUGAAUUUUUUUUUUCCAUUUCAUGACGGUAGAAGCUGGGUGCAAUGAAAGUUUCAGAGCAAUUUAGAAAAAAUAGUUUGGACAACCCCUGCGUCACGUGUUUUUAAACUAUGUUCGCCUUGCAUAAGAUUUAACGGUUUCGAAAGUUUAGUUUCUUGAAACGUUUUCGGUCUUUUCUCUGUUUUUUUUUUUUGAAAGAAGUUUUUGAAAUGUUCAAUUUUUUGAAUUUUUUAGAAGGUGUUCUAAUGCCUAUGCCAUUGGCCGUCAUCUGCAAUUAAUGUGACCUUCAAAAUCCCUGUCAAUUCGAGGAGCACGUGACUCUCUCGUGCACGCAAAAGAUAAAUUCUAGUUCCUUUGUCAUCCUGCAGGUUUUGGAGCAGUAAUUUUUUUUUUCAAUGACUGAUAUCUCUGCUGUCAUAUCAUCAGUGUGCCGUUGACUUAUCGAUUUCGGUAGCGCUUGGCCUAAAAUUUUGUCGCCGUUUUUCGGAAUAUUUAUUGCUUUGGUCGCGUUUUUUUUUCUAGUGUUUGCCAAAAACAUCAGUUCCUUGCGUUGAGAGUUAGUGAUCGUCUUUUUAUUUCACUGAGCUCUUUUCGUGCGUUCUUAAUUAUAGCUGUGCCAUGAUUAUAGGUUUUCAUGAAAAGUUAAACGUUACCUUCAUAUAAGGGGCUAUUUUCUCCAUCGAUUUCGUUCAAUUUUUUUUUCGAAGAAAAUAAUAACUAAUUGUAAUUUUGCAGUGUUUCUUUUAAAGACUAUGGAUGAUUUGUUAUCGGUUGCACUGUGCGAAGCCGGAUUAGAAGAAUUCGUCUGUCAGCCUUCGCCCAUUUCCAGUAGAUCCAGCAGGUUUAUUAAAUGAGCAACAUAGAAAGUAGGCUCCCUUCAAGCUCAUUAUCAAAUAUUCUCAUGAGCUUUUUAAGCGAUUUUUUGUGAGUAUACGUUCAAUUUCAAUUUUUUUUAGUUAUCCUGACGAUCGGUUUUCCAGUGCUCCGUGUACUUCAAAUGCUGAUCAAGCUUUUGGUUAGUUUGAGAUUUUCAUAUUUUUGUGGUUAUUUUUCACUGACUUUUGAAUUUUUUCAAUUUUAGUCCAUUAUAUUUCUCAACUUUUUAAAAAAAUCAUUUCUCCUUCUUCGAUUUCUUUUUUUGUUCGUUCAAAAUGAAAAAUAUUUUUGUAGAUUGAAAAUAACAAAAUUUCAGGGAAAUGUUUGAAGAAUAAAUGAGAAAAAAAGGUUUUUGACUGUGAUGGUUUGAUAUCGAGUUCUAUUUCUAUAAAUGUUCAACCAUCAAAACCCAUAUUUUAUAAAUAUUUGAUGAACGUUUUCCAAAUCGUUCAAAGUUGUAUUUCCUGAGUCCUUGGAUCAUGGUGAAGUUAACUCGUUGGUAUGUUUUUUUUUCAGACGAUCAUCAAUAUUCGAACCACGCUCCACAGGAUGAAAAAAGAAAUGAAUAUCAUGAAGGAACGGCUUCGACUUCUGGAGAAACAAAUGGGGACUGCUUGGAGGCGAUAGAAGUCGACGUUUCCGACAAUCCGAAAAUUGAAGAUCCGGUCCCGGAAAGCGUCGAACCGCCUCGCGCUGUGCAGAACGUGUCUUUAAAGUAAGUUGAAUCUUCAGAGCAUGCUUAAAAAUUGCAACGAAUUUCUCACAUUCCAACAUCAUUUUUUCAGUUGUCACUAUAUCCAUCUAGGUUUAGAGGGAAAAUGAUUGCUUUUUUUCAAAGAACGAUUUAUUGAAACGGUUAAUUAUUCAAAUCAGUUUGUUUAUCCGCAAUGGAGCUCAAUGCAUCAUCUUUUCUUUUUAGAUUAUUCUUGCUUUGAUUUUUCUAACUUCAUAAUGUCAAUUUCACUUGUGUUAUCCUAUCGUUAGCUUGUCCCUAUAAAGCCUGGUUCAAGAUCUAUUAACCUUUCUCUUUUCUUUCAAGAACGAUAGCAAUUUCGAAAUCGUUCCAAAAAAAAAGAUUGGCGUUCUCCAGUUUUCAAAAUGCUCUGUUUGAAAAAAGCUGUACCUUUUAAAGGUUCCAAUCUGAAAGUUGAAUGAGCAAAAAAUAGGUUUUCCAAGCGGUUUUGCGAGAAAAUCUAUGUGAAAAUAAAGUUUGAGUUUUAGAUAUAGCUGGCACGAUUGCAGAGGCUUUUUUCUUGAUGAUCAUUUCUUUUAGUGCGACGGAAAAGAAAAAGCAGACUCUAUCUCCUGCGAUGACGCCCAAGCUCCCGACUUCCGUGCGACAGCAGAUAAUUCAGAGGCCGUCAAAUGGCGUCGUCGCGUCUCCGGGAUCCAUGUCGCCCUCGACAAGUUCUUCGAGUUUGUAUUGAACAUUUCACUGCCACAUUAGCAGAAUAUUGAAACUAAACUCGUCGCUUAAAUUGGAGAAUUGUAGCGUAAUUUUAGAGCAGAGGAGUUUCCAAGAGAGAUCAAGAGUGUGUGACAACUUUUUUUCUUCAAAAAAAUUAAUUUAAAGAACGUGGUUUUCUUACCUCUGUUAAAAAUGAAAUCAGAAGUUUUACAAAUUUUUGAAUUUUUCGAUUCAAAAAUAUCUUUCUUACUAUCUGCGAAAGAAAUUUUUGUUAUGAUUUUUUUCAUUCAACUUCUUUAUCUAAAGAUAGAAGUUUCGCUUAAAAUUUCUUGCUUUUUCUGAAGUCCCAAAUUAAGUCAAGAUAGUAACGCAAGACUUUUCAAAAUAUGAAACUUUUUUUUUCAGCUGCCGUUUCGACGAUUGGGCCGAUCAUCAAGCGAACAAUCCACACCCGGAACGGCAUCCAAACACAGUAUCUCAAGCCAUAUAUUAAUGUAUUGGUCCAUUCUCUCAUUUUCUAUCCACAAUUACAAGUUAAGGAACAAGGCCAGAAGAUCUUCCGUGCGUUAAAUUCGCUUCCGAACGUUGCAACAGGUUUCAAAGCUACUUAAAGAGCCGUUUUCAUAUCUUCAAUUAAGCUUCUCGCGGCGAAGGGACCGUUGUGCGUCCCACUAGCGUCAAUGGACACGAAAGGGUGGUUUUGGUUCGGCAAGAUACUGCAAACGGUGAGAGGGUUACCUUCUUUGUGACUCAGUGAAAGAAACAGACUUCCCCAAAAAAAGCCCAGUUUUUUCACAAAAAAAUGAAUUAUUUUUGAAAUAUUUGGACUUUUCAGGCCCUUACGUCUACCGAAAAGUUAUUUCGACGCCGACGCGAAUGCUGGCCAACGGCCAACAGGCGAUAAUUCGCAACGCCGGCGGCGCUGAAAACGUCAUUUCGCCCAUGGCCGCAGCUCGCAAGACUUACUUGUCGCGUGGAAAUGUCGUCCGUCCCGGCCAAAGGUUUCCUUUAUUUUUCUGAUUUAUUUUCCGAUGUGCAGUUGAUUUGCCGUUGGGUUGCGAUUUAAACAUUUACGUCAGCGUUUAUUUUAAACUUCUUUCGUUAUUUUCUUGAUUCGGCCAAGAAAUUUUUCCCUCCUUGAAAAAUUGACUCAAAUAUUUUAAUCUCAUUAAUCGAAUUAUCUCUCUAGUUUUUUGCAAUAUUUUUCUUGUUUUUUGAAAUAAAUUUUCAAAAGGAACAACCAGUUAUUAUAUCCAAAAUUCAUCAAUUGAAUAUGUACUUGCCUCAUGUCUUAACUUCAAUCCUUCACUCUUCCUUCCUGCAGAGGAGCCUACGCCACACGCCCGGGCUACCGAUUGCCGCCGUUGGUCGGGCGCUCGACGGGCGGCGCGACGAUGGCUCAGCACCAGCAGCAGCAGCGAUUCAGUUACGCGACACAAAGAAAUGCCGCCAACUCGCCGACGAUGGUGCGACCUCAGAACUCUCCCAACGUCCGCUACGCGAAUCGCGGAGGAAUCGUCCCGCAAAGAUCGGCUCUGCAUGCGUCGCAGUCGUCGCCUUCCUUCCAAUAUGCGGUUUGUCUUUUCUUUCACUGGAAAAAUUUAAAAAUUGUGGGCGAGAAUCGAAAAUCCUAGAGCGUCUAAUUGUAAAUGGGCUUCUGAUUUUCAGAGUGCCCCGAAUUCCCCAGCUCUGCGUCAGAUGGAACAUCUAAAAACGCCGUCCGCUGUCAAUUUGCGUCACCAACAACUCGCAGCUCAAAAUCAGUCUGCCAGUAUGAAACGUUUCGGAAGGCGAGAUCUUUAUCUUAUUGAAAAUUUUCUUGUGUGAGAAAACGGAUUUGAUGACUUUCUAAAUGAGGCUGAAGCGGAUCAUUUGCUUUCUUUUUUUUCAAAUGUAAUUAUUUAAAAAAAAGGUCACGUUUUUUGUUUUAGAAACUCUGGCGGUGGAUUCUUACGAAUGAUGGGCGGCGUGGCCAACGCGGGAAUGGCCGAAAGCGCCGGAGCUUUCGACAAUGUCGACAUCAACAACGGCAGAGUUAUGCUUGGCGGAGCAAUGGUCAGCUCCAUUCCCUUUUCUGAUUCUUUAUUGAUUUUUUCAUUGAAUAGAAAAAUUGAAAAGUUACUAUCAUAAUAGGACCAUUGAUAAAAAAGAAGGUCGGGCUACCGAAAUAACUAUUUUUUGAGCUUUAAUGUUAAUCCACCGAUGUAAUGAAAAAGAAAUAGAAAUUAUAUAUUCAAUUUUCAUGGAAUCAUAUUCGUUUCCAAUCGAAACUUUUGGUCCUGAUUUUUUUAAAGGAUUUAACGCGUUUUAGACUCUGGUGAUGAAAAAUUGUCAAAGUUUUUUUUUGUUCAUUUGCCUUUACCUUUAUUUUGGAAAAUAUCUUUCUUUCAUGUUGCAUUAGGCUUUGUCAACUUUGUCUCUUCAGAUCUUAGUUCAAUCAAAGUUUUUCUCUUCAGCGAGGCCAGGCUGGGCAGCUGUCCCCGGCCCUGUUGUCGCGAACGGGACUCCCUCCGCAGCCGUUCUCCCCGCAGCCGCAGACCAAGUCGCAGAAGGCGAAAGACGAGAUGAAGCAGGCGAUGAUGAUGGCCGCCGCCGAGCAGCAAGUCCAGCGAAGGAACGAACUCGAGGAAGAUGUUGGUCUUGUCAUUUAGUUCCAAGACAUUUCUCUGAAUUAUUCCAUUCCCAAACUUUCAAGUUUACCUUCUUGUUACGUGCACUCUAGAGUUUUCAAAACCAAACGUUUGAACGAAAGUUCAACCAAACAUUUUUAAAAUUUCAUUGAAACCGACCUUUGAUUGAAAUUCCGAAAUCGAACGUUUGAUCGGAACGAACAUUUAUUCAAUGUUUGAAAAAAGUUUGAUCGAAAAACCAAACGUUCGUUUAUCGGUUGAAAAAAGUUUGGUCAAAAUAACAAACGUUUGUUUUUCGGUCGGAAAACGUUUGAUCAUAACUUAAACGAUUUGAUUGUGGCCGUUUUCGAUCAAUGUUUGAAAAUGAAAUUGUUUCGAAAUGUUGAAAACAAAAUUUUUUUCAUCUUUUUCAAACUUUCAUUUUUUUCAAACGUUUGGUUUUUGAGAACUCUAGUGCGCUCAUUUGCUGUAGAUUUUCAAUCUCGCUUUUUUCCGAAGUUUCAGAUCGAUAUUUCCUUGGAUCAUGUUAUUAUCUGUUUAAUUUCGAAGAUUUAAUUGAAAACCUUUACACAACAUUGAUUUUUUCACAUUAACUUCUCACCCUUCUUACUGUCAUAACGCAUUGAAAUUAAGUUUUAGAAACACUCAGUUUUGUUUUAGGAAGAAAAUCUCGGCUAUGCGGAAACCUACGCCGACUAUACGCCGGCCAAGUUGCGAUCCGGCCUCGCCCAUCCCGAUUCUGUCGUCGAGUCCGCGUCGCUGAGCAGCGUUUCUCCUCCGGACGUUCGAUAUCAGAUCUCCAUUCCUGAAUAUGUGUGUAUCUCUUUCUUGGGUUUUUACUUAUUUGAGUAAAGAACAACUUGAUAAAUUAUUUGAAGGUAGGCAUAUAUCCUCGCAACUAGAGACCUAUCCAUUUUUGACAGAUUUUCUUUCAAACAAAAAUUGGAAGAAAAAAAUGUUGCUUUUAUGUCAGUACUGACCAUACAUUUUCACCCGAAUUUCACUAUGGAUCCAAGAAAAGUGUAAUUCACAAAUAUAACAACUUCUGAAUAACUAAUGUAAUUUAUUCCAGCUCAUCGAUAUGGGUCACAUUUCUGCGUUGCAAUUGGAAGCGGUUAUUUACGCCUGCCAAAUGCAUGAGAGACGAAUGCCGACAAACGAAAGAUAUGGAUAUUUGAUUGGUUUCGCAUCUUUUUCAAACCUCGUAUCAUAUUUGAUUCUGCUCAGGUGAUGGCGCCGGAGUCGGCAAAGGAAGGACUGUGGCUUGUAUCAUUUUCGAGAACUAUCUGCAGGUUUUUCUUCCUGGAAUUAUUGCGAAAAUCAGCAAUCAUGCCUUUUAGGGGAGAAAACGAGCAGUUUGGCUGUCGGUUUCAUCGGAUUUGAAGUUUGACGCUGAACGAGAUUUGCGAGACGUUGGAGCGCCCAACAUUCCGGUGAGUGAUGACAGUUAUCUUCAAUGAAAAACGAAUGAACUCUGAAAAUUUAUUCUUUUUUCAGCAUUCCAAGUGGGAAUCUGUUUUCUUAUAAUGUUAAUUAAGUUUUUCAGGGAACUCUAGUUGUGCAUGGAAUAAAUAUCUGUUCUUUUUUUUAUAUAAAAUUGGUUGAAUUUGUGAAUUUUCAGGUUUUCGCGCUGAAUAAGAUGAAGUACGCGAAGAUUUCGAGCAAAGAGAACGGAAGCAUCAAAAAAGGCGUUUUGUUCGCGACUUAUACCUCUCUGAUCGGCGAAUGCAGAGCCUCCAAAUCGCGAAAGUACCGAAGUCGGAUAAAACAGUUGAUUCAGUGGUUCGGCGUGGUAAGACCUGUGAAAAGAGAAAAAUGAAAGAAAUCCCUCCAGGAUUACGAUGGAGUCAUCAUCCUGGACGAGUGCCAUCGGGCGAAGAACUUGGUUCCGACGGCCGGUGCGAAACCGACGAAAACGGGUCGAAUCGUCCUCGAACUACAGAAAGCGCUUCCCAAUGCUCGCGUGGUCUACGCCUCCGCCACUGGAGCUACUGGUCUGUUUCUUGUUUUAACUUUUCCAAAUCAAUUUUGCCACCUGACGUUAUGAAAAUCGUUAAUUAUUGAGUCAUUUUUCGUCUAAAAUCAUGUUGAACGUAAUUUUGUUGUAUCCCCUUUUAACUGGAAAUAUUUUUAUAAAUCCCUUCCAAAAAAAUUUAAUUUUUUUCUACAAAAAAACUUUUUUUAAGAACUUUUGCGGAGAAGGUCUUUUUUUAAGUUGAACUUUAUCGAAGUGAAGGCAAUUAUAACUUUCUUGGUUUUUCUUCCUCCACGCCAUAUAUCGGUCUGUGAGCGAAAUAAACAUUUCAUUCAUUUAAAUUCAUUCAAUUCAGCCAUUAAAAAAUAUAUGAGAUUUUUGGUUCUGAAGAAAUUUCGGUGUAAUUAAAAAAAACAACUUUUAGAGCCCCGAAACAUGGCGUACAUGACUCGACUGGGACUUUGGGGCGAAGGCCAGGCUUUUCCCGAAUUCGCGCAGUUCAUUGGCGCCGUGGAACGUCGUGGCGUCGGCGCCAUGGAAAUUGUUGCGAUGGACAUGAAAGUUUGUUUUUAUCUAAUUUUUUUUUCUGAUCUCUGUUUCGAAACUAAUGAUUUCUUUCCAGCAAAGAGGUCUCUACCUUGCUCGUCAGUUGUCUUUCCGCGGCGUUUCUUUUCAUGUUCAAGAAGUGCAACUUUCUCCCGAGUUUACGAAAAUGUACGACGACGCUGUCAAACUGUGGAUGGAAUGCCGAAGACAGUUCCAGGUUCGUCCUCUCGAAAGUAUCGAGAUUCGUUCCAAAAAAUUGAUCAUAAAUUUGAGCCUGUAUCUUAACUUGACAAUCCUGAGCCAAUGAAUUUUUCCCUUCUGAGUUCUCAUCACCAUCACACGCUCUUUUUCGAUCCUAGGUUUCUUCACACGCUAUUUUAUCGAAAAAGUCCAAAUUUGUGUUGGAAACCUUUGCUCUUUUUCUCAAUUGUAUCAUCUCUUCCAUCAUUUUCUAGGUCAACUUGAUUAAAUGCAUUGAGUGUAAAAUGACCUUGAAGGCACUGGAAGUGAGAUUUUUUGGAAAUGAUUGAUUGGUGUACUUUUUGCUGUUUCAAUUUCUCUCGGUCUUGAUCAGUCUUUUUUUCAGGCCGUGAUCGAAGCGCUCGACGAUGAAGAACGAAUUUCGUGCAAGCAAAUUUGGGGGCAAUUUUGGGCUUGUCAUCAAAGAUUCUUCAAAUACUUGUGUAUUGCCGCCAAGGUCGGUUAUAAAGUUCGAAAACAGUAACUCCGAUUUUUUUGAGGUUGACGCUUGCGUGAAAUUAAGUCGAGAGGCGAUAAAAGCGAAGAAAUGCGUGGUUAUCGGUCUGCAGUCGACUGGAGAAUCGGCGACUUUGGAAACUUUGGAGGAAAUGGGCGGAGAACUUAACGAAUUUGUGUCCACUGCAAAGUUGGUAUUUGUGGAAUAACGGAGGAAAAAUUAAACUUGAUGGAAGUGAAAUAAAAAUCUUGAAAGUAGGCAAUUUGAACCACCAACUUUAAGCCUCAAUCAAUAUACUGAUAAAAAAUUAGCCCAUGAGUUUGUUUCUAUACAGAGCGGUGUUCUACGGACUCAUCGACAAGCAUUUCCCCACGGAGGCUAGUUUGGGCCGCGAUAUUUUCAAGGAUUUCGACCGAAUGUACGACGAGUUCGACCGACCUGCUAAGAGGAGUCAGCAAAAAAAUCGAAUUGAGAUUUCAUGAGACGAUCAUUUUAGAAAAGACAAACUACAGCGGAGCUCUGAGUUUCAUGGACGACCUCGGUUUUGGCUCUUGGUCAGGCGCGACGGUUGGAAUGAGCGGAAGCGUUGGCAGAGCCAAGAAGGAAGGAACUCCCGAAGCGAACUCGACGACGUCAGAGUCUUCUGAAGACUCUGACAAGAGCGAAGACGACGACGAUACCAAGUCUUGGGACAGCGCUCGCGAAGAAGCCGAGGGCGGCGUCACGAUGGGUUCGGCGAGGCUGAUCGAAUGUUAUCGUAGUUUGAGAGUUCAGAUCAAAUGGAGGAAGACGAAUGGGUGAAGGCCUUGCUGGCAGAAGCCGAAUCUUCCAGUGGAUCUGACGAUGAGGACGACGAUGAGGAAGCAGACAACGGCGAAGUGAAAAAAGAGGAGGCGGAAGAGACCGAGGAACAGGAGGAAGAACAGAACGAACCUGUGCUCGAGGAAGAGUUCAACCCCUUCAUGUGUGAUUUCACGAAUAACGGUAACAGCAAAUAUGGUUUCUCAAAUUCGCACUUCAAUUCUAGAUCCGUGGGCUAACAAUCAGCAAAUUGUCGACGACGAGAGGAAGCCCAAAACGAAGAAGAAGUCGGCUGCAAGUGGCUCUAGGAAAAGGAAGCACGCGGAAGAAGAAGACUCGGAAGCGCAGAAGGAACGAGCUCAGCGACAGGCUCAUCGACGGGAGAAGAAGGCUCGCAGAGCUCGACGCAAGUUGGAGCGCGAGAAGAAACGGAGGGAGGAACUCGCCAAGGAGGUUUUCACCUUCUUGGAAUCUCUUCUGGAAUCCCUUUUCAGCGAGGAAACGCCAACGAAUUCAUCUCGUCCUCCAAGUUCUGCAGUACGGAAGAGGAUGACAGGAAAAAUAUUAAUCCGAUGAUUGUUAAGGUAACUUUCAGCUCUUGAUAUACUCAGGCUUUUGGAAUCGUAAAUUUGGAAAAAUUGGAGCGGUUGCCGUGUUCAAAAUGAUUUCCGCGAAAUGCAAAAUUAUCUCUGUCUCUCCAAAAUUCAAAUGUCUUUUCCUUUCUCUGACGCUUAUUUUGCAUUUUGCGUCACUUUGAACAUGGAAAGUGUUUUGAAAAGUGAAAAAUGUAUAAAAUGAGAAAAUAAAUUGCAUUGUUAAAAGUUGAAAAUGUGUUGCUUGAAAGGGCCAAUCUGUCCUUAGAUUUCAAUUUUUGACCCUUUUCUCAAUGUUCUUCAGGCUGAACUGCUCGCCGCCGUUGAACGACUGGGACCACAAUUACCUGCGAACACCUUGGACCAACUGAUUGACGAACUUGGCGGACCUGAAUUCGUUGCUGAGGUUUUCAAUCACCUCGUUUCCGAUCCCUAUCUAAUAUCUAUCUUCAGAUGACUGGAAGACGAGGUCAUUUGAUCACGACAGAAGGCGGCGAUGUGACGUAUCAACGGAGAAACGCCAACGCCGAAGUCUCCUUGGAGCUGAUCAACAUGGAAGAGAAGGACAAGUUUAUGCGCGGAGAAAAGUUGAUAGCCAUCAUUAGUGAGGCCGCCAGCAGUGGAAUUUCCCUACAGGUCGGUUCUGAGCUCUAUUCAUUUCCAACUACGGAUUUCAGUCGGAUAAACGAGCUCAAAAUCAAAGAAGACGUGUCCAUAUCACCCUAGAACUUCCUUGGAGCGCCGACAAGGCCAUUCAGCAGUUUGGUUUGUUCCAGAAAAUAAUUGAAAUAGAAGUUCGCGUGUUUCAGGUCGAACUCAUCGUUCCAAUCAAGUGAGCGCCCCUGAAUACGUCUUCCUCAUAUCGGAGUUAGCCGGAGAGAAGAGGUCCUCAUUUUAUUUUAUUUUCGUAUAAAUUGAAAAUAAUUUCUGCUUGAAACGUUUUUCGAUGUUUCAAAAUGUUUCAUGGAACGUUUCGUGAAGUAAAAGUCAAUCGCACAAUUAAUGUAUUCAUGCUUUAGAAGUUGGAGGCUGUAACUUAUUUACUUCUGCUUUUUUUUUUUCGAAGGUGCAGAAAACACUACAGCUACAAGAUCGGAGAAUUGUAGCCGAGUUGGUUUUUAAAUUAAAUUUCUGUGUAUUGAAUAUUGAAUUUUUUGACCUCCUCUGACCUCCUUUUUAUUUAUCUUCGAAUUUCUAUCCUGAUCUCCUGAGAAGAAAAAUGUGGGACGUGUUUCGUUGUGGAAGCAACUGAGAGUUUCUGCUUGCAUUUUCUCAAUAAUAACAAACCUUUCUUUCAAGAUUCGCGUCGGUUGUGGCUAAAAGGCUGGAAUCCCUCGGCGCUCUGACCCAUGGAGAUCGACGAGCCACAGAAACCCGCGACCUGUCGCAGUUCAACAUGGACAACAAGUACGGCCGCGCAGCUCUCGACGUCCUUCUGAGGACCGUCAUCGGCACUCUCAAUCCGCCGUUGAUCGCCCCGCCCAGCGACUACCACUACGGAGACUUCUUCGAAGGUUCUCUCGACCUGCCUGAAUAUCAUAAGAAGGAUUGCUUCAGACAUGAGACUCUACAUGGAAGGCGUCGGUCUGCUGGCCAAGAGUCGGAACGGCGAACAGUACGUCGUGGAGAAGGAGGCGGCCACCAUUCCCAAGUUCCUCAACCGGAUCCUCGGCCUUCCUGUUCAUGCUCAAAAUGCCAUCUUCUCCUACUUCUCGGACAUCGUCGCUGAACUCAUCGCGCAGUCGAAGCACGAUGGAACCUAUGACACUGGUAUCAUGGGUGAGUGUUCUGGACAAUUACGAAGAGAAAGUGGAUAAUCAACUUUUUCUCAAAGUUGAACAUUUUUCAAGUUCUAGAUUAGUUUCCUAAAAGUUUAUUUUUUGAGAAUGGGUUUUAUAGUCCUAACUUCCUUAAUAGCUCUCGGAAAGCGAUAUUUGAUCUUUACAUUCUAUAAAAAAAGUAUUUUUUUGCCCUAAUUAUGACUUUCAAGCAUAUUCUUCUAGAAAUUAAAAUUUUAUUACAGUCAUUUCUUAGUAAAUUAUAAGAUUUCGAGGGAAACUACCUAUUUUUGUGACAGAAAUUUCAAAAAUCAUGAAUGAGUGUUCCAUUGACACGUAUGAUUACUUUAACUGAUAUUUUUAAUUGAUUAAAAAAAUAAGAUAGAUCUUAUUACUUUACAUACUCGUCUCAGACAGCUCCUUUUCUAUUUCAAAUAAAGAACAAAUAUAUUUCGACUAUCCCAACCAGACCCAGAUGACAAGUUUGUGAGACUUCACAAAUUCAUCACUGUUUCAGACCUCGGUACUGGAGGAGAUCAGGUUCGAAAACUGGAAACUCGAAUCUUUCUUGGCCGGUCGGUUAUUUUCCCAAAGCUUUAUUUCAAGGCCACUUUUUCAGUGUUGACAAUGGCAGUUUCCGCGUGGAGAUGCACAAGAUCGGAGUGGAACGAGGUGUGAGUUGGGACGACGCCUACGCGCUCUACAAGGAGCACAGCACGGACGAGGUGAAGACCGCCAAAGAAAGAAUGAUCAACGACGUCUUUCAGGACGGCUUCUACUCCUACAAUCCCGGCGUCAACAGCACUGGCAAGAAAGUCGCGGCGUUGAUAUAUGGUAUCGGAAAAAUUCGGAUGGACAAUGGUGCGCGGCUGUACGCCAUCACGAGGCCUUCGACCGGUCGAUCUGCUAAACUUCUGACUAUGGCCGACAUUUCCAAACGCUACACCAAGACGACGCCCGAAGAAGCCAAGGAAAUCUGGGAGGAGCAGUAUGAAGGUAUAAUUUCUUUUUCUUGAUAGAAGCAGAAGAUUGAAUUAAUCACUGGUGAAGGAGACACAGAGGGAACUGUGUUUUAUUAUUAUUUACAGUGUUACACUUUUUUGUUGAGAAUAUUGUUCUCUGUGUGAAGUUUAAUCUCGCUUAUUUCAUAUCUCUGUGAUCGAAAAAUAGUCUGUGAAAAAAAAUUAUGCCUGUGUCGAAGGAAAUCUCUAAAAAUCCUAUGUUUGAUAACUCUCUGAGAGAUUGAAAAAUUAUUCCAGUUUUCGAAACCCUCUGAGAAAAAAUAUUCAUUUUCGGGGUAUUAAAAGGUUGUUUCUAUGUAUCAAACAAAAUUAAUUACCUCUAAAACUUAUUUUUUUUCCUUUUAAUCUCAAUCUUCUUUGUCGAAUCAAGUCUCAUAAAGAAGUAACACUGAGAUGGCGGAUCACCUGGUCUACCGAUUUUUGUUUUUGGUCCCCUUUUUUCUCAACUUCCAAAUUACAGGAUCUUCUCACAUGUGUCAGCACAACUACGCCUUUGGCAAGUGCAAGACCGAAACUAGCGGAGUGUACUGUGAAACUGGACGUCGUACUCGAACCUAUUUCGUUCUUUCCGGAUCGGUCAGAGGACAUCUUCCGAGUAACCAUCUCAAGUACGAAUUUCAGGUUCUCUCGGUUUGGCCGAUCGUUGAAGAAGUCUUGUCCGGCGGAGACCGCAAGGCUUCUCGCAUGCAGAUCAUCCGAGUCAGGACUGAACAAGAACACAAAAUUGUUGGUAAGGCUUUGAAACACUUGCUAGGCCUCCAGUCUCUUUGCAGUUUUGUCAUUUAUCGUGUUUCAGGCCUUCUGGUGCUUCCGAGCCACGUUCGCAACUUGGUGACUCAACUGGAAGCUCACUGCGGCCGAAGUAUUGUCAAGUCCGACGAAUAG